GUUCGUUCACGAGCUUAUUAUUGGCUAUGCAAGGCUUUCCAGCUUUGCUUCGGCUCGUGCGGGAUCUCGGAAAAAUGAGGCUUCAAGCCAUGAAGCUUGAAACCACAAAGCUUCCCAUGAUCACGGGCUGGUACAAUGACUUCAUCUGUUUCACAUCGUGCUGCUCUCAUCUCUAUCGUCACCCUCCUUAUGCUGCCGUCCUCACAUCUUGAUUGUCUGCUCAAGGCCAAAAGUCAAAACAAAACAGUCCUCAUCGUGAACACGACAGGGAACCCCCGUCUCCGGUCUCGUUCUCUCCGUAGGCCCGCGCCGUUCUUACCCACCAGCUCCGUAGCCGCGUGGUGGUCCGUCGGGAUGGUCGCGGCGGCCCACAGAGCCGAUUGUACACUACUCUUUGCUGUUCCACAAUCGUGCCAAUUAACGAGUGUUAUAAGCAAUUGCUUAGAACACAUUUUCUCCAGGUUGAUAAACAUGGGUCCGGUUUCUAUAACAAUGGGCCUGAGAACGACCCAUUGAACUUAAACGAUGGUCCCUGGAUUCAAAAUCAACGUCGCACUACUCUAUACUGCCCACAGCAAGGUGAAUUAACAGCUGAACACCUCAUUUUCUACACUACAAACAGCUCCUGAUCCCCUUAACGAUGCUGUGAUAGAUGAUGAAGUUCAGG